AGAAGAGUUGCCUGCCCUGUGCCGUGCUUGAGUAGCUUGUAGCGUCCAUCUGGUCUUUCGUACACACGACAGCCAUGCUGCUCAUCGUCUUCAGUUUUCUUCUGGUCGGCACGCAGGCUGCUUUUGAUGACCAAUGUAAUUUAGGAACGAUCAGCCAGUUCGGUAUGGAGCCUAACCAAACGACAGAGCUGGAAAUACCACAGAACUGCACUUCCGGUGUCGUAGAUUGGAGCUACCCAAUGGGCUAUCUGCAUCUGGUGCUCUCACUCAGCGGGCAGAGCUACUCUCUGUGUAUUGUCAAGAGCUGGGCGACCUACAUCACAGAGGUCAAGGACGUCACAGAUGGGCGUAACCAGGUGCUAGAUCUACCCACAGAAAAAAGCCCCUCCUGUGCUGUCGCCUCGAAUGGCGUUACGGAGUUGCAGCUUAAGGCGCCCAGUCACCUCAUGUACAUGAACGGCUUCGAUUACAAGGUCGUGCCUCGGGUUUAGUAUACUAGGUAUUCGAUUAUGCGAUAUUGCCAGCCUAGUUUAAUACAGAUAUUGGAUAAUACAGUCGAAAUUUUAAUGAUCGGAAAGAAGCUCAACGGAAAACUGUGCAAGGGCAUUUUUGUAUUUUAAAACCUAACAUUUAUAGACAUUAACAAAGCAUGAUUACAUGUACAUUAUAGAAUAAUAAAACAUAUUUCCCUGACAUAUGGCAAAAUAAAAUUUACGUGUAUUAGUAUAAUUAGUUUGUAUUUGCGCAUUUUUCUGUUUUCGCAGUUUUCCGAUUGCGCAUUUUUUUCUGAGAACCCAGACUUUCAUAGCUUAACAUUGUUGUUCUGUUUAUAUUCUUGUUAUAAGAUUAUUUGACAAAGUAAAUAAAAAGAUGUGUCAACUA